CAGCUUUAGCAGUUUUCUGUAGAGAUCCUAUAAAAACGAAAUGUUCGGCGACUAACUACACAGUAACAGUCCAUAAUAAUAAACAGCCAGAGGAUCAACAUCCUUACAAGAGGCUCCACAUUGAUGAUGAAG